AUGUAUUUGAAUCUUUUGGCAGCACUUGUUUUACUACUACCAUCUAGUUUGUCGUCAGUAUUAGAAGACGAGAUCAGACCUUCAUAUUUUGAAGUGGCAAAGGAUAGUUAUAUCCAGAAUGUUCUUCAUGAUGAAUCGAGAGAAAUCAAAAUCGAUAGUAUAUUGCACGACCCAUUAUAUUAUAAAGAUUACCCACCAGUGAUAAGUUUCCCUAAAGCUUCACAACGUACAUUACAUCCAGGUGAGAUCCCAGAUUAUGUUAUCAAAUAUGCUCCUUUAGUUUAUCUUUAUAGUGAGGAACGAUAUUUCCCUUAUGAUAUUAAGAAAUUUGUCACUAAUUUCCAUGUUCGUUGGAAAAAUGGUACCGUUGUUCCAGGCACUGAACACGAUAUGAACUUGGAAAAAUUAUCCAAAUUACCAAAUAGCACUCAUUUAUUCUUAACCGCCAAUUCCGAUUUCGACUGUGACCCAGAAUGGAUCACUGGACUUAAGAAUAAACCAAGUUUAAUUGAUGGCGAAAUCAAAGAUGCACCAGCUACUUUAAUUGUGGUAGAUAAAGGGAAUGGCUGGGUUGAUGCAUAUUGGUUUUAUUUCUAUUCUUUUAAUUUGGGUCCAUAUGUUAUGGGACAAGGUCCAUAUGGUAACCACGUGGGAGAUUGGGAACAUUCAUUGGUGAGAUAUUAUAAAGGUAAACCAAUUAUUGUUUGGAUGUCAGCGCAUAGUGGAGGAGGUGGCUAUUAUUAUCAAAAGUUGGAAAAAUAUGCCAUGGAUCCGAACCAUCCUAUUAUUUUCAGUGCUAGAGGCACUCAUGCCAAUUAUCCAAGUGUAGGUCAACACCCUCAUGAUUUGCCAUACACCAUUUUAAGCGAUUUCACUGAUAGAGGUCCAUUGUGGAAUCCUUCAUUGAAUUACUUGGGUUAUACCUAUGAUGGGAAACAUGUUUACCCGGGAAACAAUUCCAAUCCUAAACAUGUUGGUAGAGAAUGGGAUUAUGGAAAUUGGUUAUCAUUUAGAGGACACUGGGGAGAUGAUACUUUACCAGGAAAUGAUUCUCGUCAAGUUUAUUCGUUUAUUGGUGGAUAUAAAUACAUCGGAGGUCCAACUGGUCCAUUGAGUAAGCAUUUAUUAAGAUUAGAACCAUGUCAAGAUGCCCAAUGGUGGAAUUUUUGGAAGAUUUGUAAUGUUAGAAGUGAUAUUCAAUGGGGAGUUGGUGUUGAAAGUGAAGGUUUCAAUUGUGCAAGAUUGACUACUGGCAUUAAACCACAUUGGUUAAGAAAAACAAUUCAAGGUUUAAUGUGGGGUGGUGGAAUUUGUUUCAUUGCUAAUUUAUUGGACUAA